GCGAAAAGGUACCUUGACACAAACAGAUAAGGAGGAACUUGGCCACAACCAAAAUAGAGACGAAUUUUAAAGUAGAGUAUUUGGAAAAGAAAGGGGAAAGGAGACAUCAUAAUGUCUCAAGUGAUUCAGUAUUCUGAAGCGGAUUUGCUGUAUCUGUCUAAAUCGCCGCUUAUAAAAAAACCAGAAAAUUUACCAGAAUGGAUACUUCCAGAGGCUAUGAAAGCGGAUCGUGAGCGACAUAUUCGUCAGGAGAAGGAAAUGAAAAGUAAACAUGAUGAUGAGGGAAGACAAAUGCAAGCAGAACGAAAAUUUGCCAAAUCAAAACACGAAGAUAUCAUCCUUGGGCCUCCAAAACUCAGUUUUGCAAGCAGCAAUGAAAAUGGCCGCUCUAUCGGUCGUCAUGAUGAUUUAUUAUCUUUAGGAAACGUUUAUAGUGGAUCUACAUCAGUGCGCCAUCGAAAUGGAAUGGGAGGGCCUGCAUCAAAAAAUGGUGCUUUAAACAAUAUCGGGUCGACGUCAUCGGCUUGGACAAGUCUAAACAAGCAUGGUCGUAAAAAGGAUUUUGAUCGUCGAGACGAUAAUGAAGGUUUAGAGCGGUUAACGAAACAAAGAGCCAGUGCUAGUGCUGCAAGUCCUUUGAUCCCCAAUUCCACUGAAGAAUUUGAAGCAUGGAAGCGUAUGAUGAAAGCUUCAACGAAUUCAGUUGAGUCUCCAAUCACUUCGGGAAUGCCAGCUGUUGCCCACGUGGCAUCACAAAAGCCUGUUCCUUCCCUUUCGAGGGCUGCUUCUGGUUCAGGAUCUUCGCUUUCCGCUCGUGGAAAUGUUAGCGUUGACUCUCUUUUUGGAAAGCGCUCGGCUGCCCCGUCUGUUGCUACCGUCGCACCUCCCGUUGGAACUCCUGGUGGUACGCCCCCGCGGUUUGCCUCUCCUGCUCUUGGAUUGGAAACAGCAGCUCAUGUUGCUCCUCCUACUACUUCAUCAAGAUUCAGCAAAUUCUUCAAUGGACUGAGUGGUCCGGAAGUAUCAAAACAACCGACGCCAUCAGCAUCCCACACGGCUUCUCCGAAGGUUAAUAAUGCUCCUGCUGUUCCUUCUGCUGCCCUUGAUAAAGAUGCAGAGGGGUUCCAACGUGUCCUUGCAAUGCUAGGACGUCAAACACCUAGUGCAUCUGCCUCUCCUAGAGUUCCCGUGACUCAGCCAUCUGCUACUCCUAUUCCUCCUGGUGCUAAUAAUGCUAAUCCAGUUGCCAUGUCUACAAUGUCUUCUCUUGCUUCUCCUACUGCUUCCGUUGCUCCUCCUCCGGGAUUGGGCGGUCAUGCUCUUUCUAAUGAAGAUGCUUCGUUUUUCCGUUCUCUUAUUCAUUCUGAUACCAGGCCCAUUCCUCCACCACCGGGAUUCUCCACAAAUGCUAUGAGUUCUAUGAAUUCCCCUGACGAAUUUGUCUCCAAUCCUCCUGGUUUUUACAAUCACUAUCCAGUGGGACCCGCAGCACCUAUAAACUCUGUACCAGCCCCCGCUCCUCCUCCUGGUUUUGGGUUUCAACAGCCUCCACUUCCAUAUUCACCAGGAUUUUCUCCUAACAUGUAUGGUCAAUCACGUAUGUCAGGCCAUCCUCUCCCUGACCUUUCAAGAACUUCUCACUGAACCUUUGCUUUUUAAGACAAAGAAAGUUUGUAAGAGUUAGAUAGUAAUGAAGUCGCAAAGAAAGGUUUUAUAUGGAUAUUAUGAAGGUAUUUUAGGGAAUUAUUAAAGCAAUGAAAUCUGCACAUGUCUUGAAGUAUGAUAAUAUCUAGUAGAGAACUACUGGUUUCCUUAAUAAGUGGUUGGUAUAUCUGUUUUCACCAAAGGAUUACUUAUUUGCAGAGAUAAACAAAUAAAUGUAGAAUAAUUUAAUGUUAUUGAAGCGUACUUGAG